CGGCGAUGGGCGGGGCAGGCGCGCGGGGAUUGGCGGGAUGCGGCGCGCCGCGCGUGAACCUCCUUGGCCUGGGCGAAGCUGUGUGGACCAAGCAAGCCAGGAGUGUGGCCAUGUUUUCUGAGCAGGCUGCCCAGAGGGCCCACACUCUACUGUCCCCACCAUCAGCCAACAAUGCCACCUUUGCCCGGGUGCCAGUGGCAACCUACACCAACUCCUCACAACCCUUCCGGCUAGGAGAGCGCAGCUUUAGCCGGCAGUAUGCCCACAUUUAUGCCACCCGCCUCAUCCAAAUGAGACCCUUCCUGGAGAACCGGGCCCAGCAGCACUGGGGCAGUGGAGUGGGGGUGAAGAAGCUGUGUGAACUGCAGCCUGGGGAGAAGUGCUGUGUGGUGGGCACUCUGUUCAAGGCCAUGCCGCUGCAGCCCUCCAUCCUGCGGGAGAUCAGCGAGGAGCACAACCUGCUCCCCCAGCCUCCUCGGAGCAAAUACAUACACCCAGAUGACGAGCUGGUCUUGGAAGAUGAACUGCAGCGUAUCAAACUAAAAGGCACCAUUGACGUGUCAAAGCUGGUUACAGGGACCGUCCUAGCUGUGUUUGGCUCCGUGAGAGACGACGGGAAGUUUCUGGUGGAGGACUAUUGCUUUGCUGACCUUGCUCCCCAGAAGCCCGCACCCCCACUUGACACAGAUAGGUUCGUGCUGCUGGUGUCCGGCCUGGGCCUGGGUGGAGGUGGAGGCGAGAGCCUGCUGGGCACCCAGCUGCUGGUGGAUGUGGUGACGGGGCAGCUUGGGGACGAAGGGGAGCAGUGCAGCGCCGCCCACGUCUCCCGGGUUAUCCUUGCUGGCAACCUCCUCAGCCACAGCACCCAGAGCAGGGAUUCUAUCAAUAAGGCCAAAUACCUCACCAAGAAAACCCAGGCAGCUAGCGUGGAGGCUGUUAAGAUGCUGGAUGAGAUCCUCCUGCAGCUGAGCGCCUCAGUGCCCGUGGAUGUGAUGCCAGGCGAGUUUGAUCCCACCAACUACACGCUCCCCCAGCAGCCCCUCCACCCCUGCAUGUUCCCGCUGGCCACUGCCUACUCCACGCUCCAGCUGGUCACCAACCCCUACCAGGCCACCAUUGAUGGAGUCAGAUUUUUGGGGACAUCAGGACAGAAUGUGAGUGACAUUUUCCGAUACAGCAGCAUGGAGGAUCACUUGGAGAUCCUGGAGUGGACCCUGCGAGUCCGUCACAUCAGCCCCACAGCCCCUGACACUCUAGGUUGUUACCCCUUCUACAAAACUGACCCGUUCAUCUUCCCAGAGUGCCCGCAUGUCUACUUUUGUGGCAACACCCCCAGCUUUGGCUCCAAAAUCAUCCGAGGUCCUGAGGACCAGACAGUGCUGUUGGUGACUGUCCCUGACUUCAGUGCCACGCAGACCGCCUGCCUUGUGAACCUGCGCAACCUGGCCUGCCAGCCCAUCAGCUUCUCGGGCUUCGGGGCAGAGGACGAUGACCUGGGAGGCCUGGGGCUGGGCCCCUGACUCAAAAAAGUGGUUUUGACCAGAGAGGUCCAGAUGGAGGCUGUUCGUUGCCUGCAGUGUGGGCAUUGUAAAUAAAGCCUGAGCACUUGUUGAUGCGA